AUAGAUUGAGUCUUCAAUGAGGAAUCAUUACAGGAAAAGUACAUUCGAGAGUUAUUCGCUUCAACAAUUAAACGGUAUUCAAAUAUAUUUUCAGUGGUGGCGAUAGUUGAUGUUUUUAUUCACUUUUAUUUCUCCUCAGUUUCAAAAGGAUAUUCGAUAUUUCUUCCAGUAAAAUCCUUAUAUAUUACUUUCGUUUUACGUUUAUAACUAUUUCAUUUUGAUCCAGCUAAAUAGGAAACCUUUUUUCUUGAAAAACUUCCUACAAUUCUUACCAUAUCAUUACCCAGAAAUGUCAAUGUACUAGAUGUGAAAUCUAUUCAAAAUAAUAACAUAAUGAAUAGAGAAUGUAGAAAUGAUUCGAAAUCAUCUCCCACUUCUUUAACAACUUUCCCAGUUAUUUCAAAAAAUGAAUUAACAUGCAGUUCAUUGAAACAUUUAGCAAGUAAUAAUAAUCUGUACAAUAAUGAUGCCUCAAAUAGCAACAGUGUAAACGAGCGUAAAUUCAAAACAAAAGUAGAAUCAUUCCCGAAAAUGCAUAGUAUACAAGAAAAUGUUGAUUAUGAAAUGAAUAUGAAACUACCGAAAUAUAUCACAAAUUAUAAAAACAAACAAACAAAGUACCUUCUAAAUUUAACUCAAAGUAAAUAUAAGAAAAGAAGAUCAUUUAGUUUUUUGGACUAUUCAGUAUACAAAACAAACUCAUAUUACUAUUAUAAUAAUCGCGAGAGUGAUGCAAAUGAAAACUAUGCUUCAUUUUAUCGUUCACAUAAUUACUAUCAUAAUAACAGUAGUAUUAAAAGUAGUAUACAUUACAAACGCUCUGAAUAUGGCAGAUUUAAACGUAGUAAAGAUUCAGGACCUUCUCUAGCAGACGUACCGAUGAAUGUUGAUUUCAAUACAUCUAAUCCUUCAUACACAUCAAACCGGUAUCAUGUUUUUAGUUUUGAACAAGUCAAACGUCUAGACGCGGUUAUGAAUUCAUAUGUAAAUAUUGCGCCAAAACCUAGGCUACAAAAUCUCAUAGAUACGGAUACUUCAGAGGUCAUUCAAGAAUCAUCCUCUUGCUUUUGUACACAAGAACCAUACGUUUGUUAUAUAGAAGGACGGAUAUCUGCAGGCAUUACUGAGAAAACUCCAUCUCAGUUUUCUAAAUUACCUUCAACUAGAACUGAAAAUGCUACAGAUAAUAAUAGUGCUAGUGAUGUAAUUACUCCUGAACCCUUCAGAACCGCAACGACUGUACCCUCAGUAAACAGUAAGGCUAAAACAACAUGUUCUGAUAUUUUAUGUUACGAAAAAUGCAAGGCACACACUGCUAAACCUGUGAGCAGUCCUGAUCUACACUCCCAAAACAAAUGCGCUUUUCAUUCACAUAUCCAUCCGCCAACAAAUGCUUCAGUCAAUCCUUUCCUUAUUCCACCGAAACUUCCAACCAUUCGCGUACAACUGAAGAAACUCAUCAAGACAGUUCGCGACCGAUUAGUUGAAGAAUCUGUACCAGUGAAAGAAAUACGCAUAAAUGGUGGAGCUGCAGGCUGUAUUGUAGGUUCACAGAAUAAGCCGACAUUCAGUGAUAUAGAUUUAAUAUUUCGAGUUGAUUUAUCAAAUUCUGCAACCUGUACUAAAAUUAAAUCAGUAGUAUUUGCAAGUAUGGAACAUAUUUUAGUUGGAAUGGAAAAAUUAUCACAUUCUUCACGUAGUUGUACAUAUUGUUGCAAUUGUACACUCCCAUUCACCAUGUCACCUACACAAAUACCACGAGAUCCAGCGUCUUCCUAUUGUCUUCCUUGUACUUGUUGUUUAUGUCACCCUUUUAAUAAAUGCUUUCAUUUAAACAAAGAAAAUUUCGAGGAUGCAAAAAGUAAUACUCAUAGUACGUAUGAUAUCAGUAAGCAUAAGCAUAACUUCUCAUAUUCAACGUCCAGUGAAUCAUCAAAUUAUCGUCAACCUUUACAUGAGAAUGACCUUAACACAGUUCAACUAUCAAAUAUCAGCAAUGAAAAUUCAUCACAGCCACGGACUCACCAGAAGAGUGAAUUUCAUCAAAAGAAUGAAAAUCAAACAGAAAAAUGUAAUCUUCAUUAUUGUACAUCAUAUCAUCCUUUAUCGGCUUUACACCCGUAUUAUUUAUACGACUCCUGUUUGCAGCCAGUAGCAUGUUCAAUGUGUUCAAAGCAAUUAAACUGUUUAUAUCAUAGUAAAAACAAUAAACAUAUUUCUAACAGUAAUGAUCAUAACAAUAAUACACCUUGUACAGGAAAUUCACACAUUGAUAUUAUUGUAAAACAAUAUAUACAGAAAACUUAUCGUGUAUUUAAACUGAAUUCUAAGACAUCUGAUUCAUGGUUAUCAUUUUCAGUCGGUUAUCGUGUAUCGAAAGAUAAUGAUGAGAAAAUUAUCAAUAUCAAGUUCAUUGAUCGUAUGCAUCGUCAGUUUGAAUUCACUGUGGACAGUUUUCAAAUUGUCCUGGAUAGUUUAUUAACAUUCUACGACUCAUCUAAAGGUCAUUCACAGCAAAUGAAUGAAAAUUUCUACCCGACACUUGUGGCUGAAUCAGUUUCUGGGAGUUAUGUUGAAGCGUUGGCACACUUAAAUGAUUGUGUUAUUGCAACCCAUAGACCAGAAGAGAUACACGGUGGUGGUCUAUUAAAAUAUUGUAAACUAUUAGUUGAAGGAUAUAAGCAAUCGGAGACAAUUGAUGUAAUUUCAAUGGAGAAGUAUAUGUGCUCACGAUUUUUUAUUGAUUUUCCAGAUAUUUUGAGUCAAUAUCACCAAAUGAAUUGCUUUCUGAUGAAUUACUUUGAAAAUGACUCUAAAAUGAAGGCCAACUACUUAAAUAUUUUAUAUGAAGUUGUUUCACACUCUACCAUUUGUUUAAUGACACAUGAAAGGCAGCAAACUUUGUGUUUGAUUCAGAUGUUCUUAAGAGAUGUAACUGAAAGGCAACAAAACCAACAUCAACGGCUAAGAGAGAGUCAACAAUCAAUUGUACAUUUACAAGAAUUUUCAUCGAAGAAUUGGGCUUUAGAUAAGGUCUUCUAUGGGACUAAUUACUUUCCGAAACAAAUGUAUUCAGUAAGCGAAGAAAAUGCAGUGUACGACUCAAUUACAAAACGUAAUCCUACAAGGUUAGAAACAUCAAAGCAGUUAAGCGCGAAAAACAAUUCAGCAAUUUCUAAGUCAACUCCAUCAAAAGUGAAGUCCAACCAAGCGAAACUAGAAAAGUACAAGAAGACACUGUUGAUGGAGACAGUGAUCAAUCAACUCGUGAAAAUAAACCAAAUCACAGUCAUUUAUCCGAACAACUGGAAGUUGAAAAAAACUGUCAGAAAGUUGUAGAUGUUGCUGAAGACUCUACAGUGAAAAUUAAAUACACCUUGAAAGGUGUCGAAAAUCAAACUCAUAGGUUGGAAGCUACUAAAAAAGUUGAAGAUGAGGUAGAUACUCAUCAAGAUGAUAACAAUGAAGUUAACUGUGUAAACACUGAAGAGAAUUCUACUCCAAAUGAUAUAUUAUCAAAGAACUGUUUACCUUGCAUACACCACCUUCCCUAUCCUCAAUUCCCUCAUUAUCAGCAUAGUGAUUAUCAUUAUCCUCAUCAGCAUAUCAAUGAAAUAUAUUACACACCACAACUUGUGACUUAUUUUCCGCCAGUGACUAUUUACUUCCUUCAUCCAUGAAUAAUAGUCAAUCAUUCUGUUCAGUUCCUUAUGAUGGUAUCAAUUACAACCACCAAUCAACUAAUGUUCUCUCGAAUAAUCUUCCACAUUAUCAUGCAAAAAUAAUUUUGCCACAGAACACUGAACCACAGACCACGCUAACUGAUACACGACAUUAUGUUGGUGUACCGUGUUCUUAUCCAUCGAUAACCUAUCCAAACUAUUGUACAAAUGGUAGUUAUAACAAUGAUCCAGUACAGACAAGGGGUAAUGAUGUAUUAGCCUUUUUUGAACCAUUUGUUUUUUUCUCACCAACAAAUCAAAAUUACUAUGUAUACCCAACAACUUCGAUGCCUGAUAUACAACAGCACAAUCUCCCAGCAAUGUAUAAUUACAUAAUAUGAGAAUUUAGUGGAUUUCAGAAAGAUAUUUCAACAAUUUAGCUCCUCUCUUUUUUCCGACAAGAAAAAACCCCUGGUUGUUUACUUGUCUACAUUUCACUCUCCAUAAAGAAGAAAUAAUUCAGAUGACUGGUCAAAAUAAGGCAGCUUCAAUACAGUGAAAUGUGAACACUUAUCAAGUCAGUCAUAGACAUCAGCUUCUCUGUAUACAAGUAUGGUAGACGAGACAUUGAACAUUGAGUAGUAAUUAACUGCCUAAUUUUGUUUGUAUGUUAAUUACUUGAUCAAUUCGUUCAUACAUUUUGAGUUCAGUUUCUUCACCCUAUACGUUAUUCACUUGUAAAAGGCAUGCAUAGAUAUUCGCCAAUUUCCAGAUUAUUUAAGAUAGUUCUAUAAGUUUCUUCUACUGAAUUUCAACAGUCAUCUGGUAAUUUGUUUUAGAAUUAUUUACUCAAAUCUAGUCACUAAUCAGCUGAAUUGCAUCUGCUUAUAACUUUGGUUCAGUCAAUUGUUCAACUUGGUUUUCCCAUUAUUCUAUUCGACAUUCUAUUCUGUUGUAUUCUAAUCUUUCUAUAUGAUAUCAUUAUGUUUGAGCUGGAUCAUCUCGUGUUUUGCGACUAUACAAUAUACUGCUAAAUUAAUUUCGCCCAACAACAUUUAACAAUAUUGUCAAAUAUAAUAAGAUAUAUUUAUUGCAAACUUUUCAAAUGUAUUGAACAUAAAUCACUGUCAAAGUGGCAUUCAUUAAUGAAUAAACUAAUUUAUCACUGUUGUCGUUCAGUCCAGAUGUUCAUGAAUUCC